GGAUUGGGUUGAAGAUGGUCGAACGGAAGCAAUUCAAGACAAGGUUAUGCGUGCUUUAUCAGAGAGGCCGUUGCAACCGCCAUAACUGCUCCUUCGCUCAUGGAAAUGCUGAGCUUCGACGAUUCUCUUCGUCUUACAGUGACACCAAAGCUUAGGUAUGCAAUAACAAAUAUCAUGAGGGGUUUAUGUUGGAUUAAUUUAUUCAAAGAUAGGACUUCUGGGGUCUGAUCAUAUUAUCUUGUUGAGACUGCUGCAUUUCCAGCAGUAUGGAUAUGUCAUUUAAAUGACAUUCUUCAGAAUGGAUUCUGCUGAGUGCUGACUGGUAUAUCUUAAAGGCGAUGCUGGUGUUGUUCAUGGCAUUAUAUAUUCUUGGCAAUGUGUUGUAUGCUUCAUUCCUUGAAUCUAUGGAACUUCAGUGUUUCCUGAAUGAUCACGAUUAGGCUUAUAUGGAUAUGUCUGCUAGCAUCAUAUUUUGAUCAGAAGCGAGUUCAGCGAAUUUCCAAAAUCCCAAUCAUUUUGUAUGCAAAUUCUUCUGCUUAAGUGUAUGGAGCUUAUGAUAUUCCUUUUGGCUGGUACUUCUGUAUUUGGUAUGGCUACUUGGACAAAGGAAAAUUGGAAUUACUAUUGAAGAUGAUGUCAGGAGAAAUCAAAUCCGAUAGCAUGUGGAUGGAUUUUUAAUUCUUAUACAUCUUGGAUAUAUCUCUGCAUUUGAGAUUAUAUUUUAUAUCUGACUUCUCAACAAGAUGAGGAUGUGAACAGUUCUUAAUCCAUUCCUUCCUUGAUUACACAUCAAAGAUAUAAGCUACAUACGUGGGUUUUACUAUAUCUGUCAUAAUAUGAGGGUGCUAGUUUGUAUCGCCUUUUUGCUCUUACAUGGGAGGCACUAUUACUAUUCAUUAUUAUGUUUCUCUUGUUAUUCCAGUUAAUGGUAGGAGAGACUAUUCAAGUAAUGACUUGAGGGAUAAACUUGACAGACGACAUUUAUCACCUCGGAGGUACUCACCAGCUCGAGAUGCAAGAGGCCGCCAGGCAAUUCAUGAAUACAGUCCCCCAAGGUCUUUGGAGAAAAAAAGUUCCAGUGACAGAAAACACAGGAGAAAACAGGGCAUCACUUCCCAAAGUGAUAAUGCUGGGAGUUUGAAAGUCUCCGAUAGAGUUCAAGAUCAUGUUAAAGAAGUAAAAUUGCUUUCCUCUGGUUCUAGAAAUACUCUUGAGGAGAAGCUGAAGAAAGUACAUUCCGAUAUCAACACACUAGAGAACCAAAAAUUCCAACUAACGGUCUACAUUGACGAGAGUGUUCAAGAAGUGGAUAGCCUUAAUUCUAGAAUUCAGGAACUGAAGGCUCAAUUAUGCAAUGAGAAUGAGGAGUAUAAAAGAAUUAGUUCAAGAAUAAGGAAGUUUGUUAAAGUGCACAAUCAUAACGUGCAGUUGCAAGAUGAACUGAAAAGAUCACAGAUCCGACUUGAAAGGUUUGGAGAUCAGCUUGUAUCAGACAUAUCUAGAAUCGGUGCUAAUGAGGAAGAUUUAAGCGUUGAUAUUGUAAGCAAUGGUGAUAAUACUGGUCUUCCUCCAAUCAUCAAAAAUAAUUUGAACCAGAAUGAUACAUCUCCCUUCAAAAAGAGGCUGCAUGUGGAACGAGAUGCUGUGGUGGAAGAGUUAAAGCAAGAUAGAUCAAAACUCGGGCCUUUGGUUGAGACUGUAAGAAGCAGUAAACGCUCUCGCUGGAAUGUGCCUUCUCAUUUGGAUGGCAAGGGUUAUGAGGACCUUGAGGCUCCAAACAAUGGAACUGAAUAUACUAGGCCCCUAGAUCUUGAAGGCAAGCACAAGAAAGGAAUACGGAAUCCUUCUGACAACCUCCAUUCAGAGAAGUUGAAGGAAUCCAGGAUUGAAGUGCCAUCAACCAGCAUAGCAGCUCAUAUAUUUGAUGAGGAAGUUGAGAUUGAACUUGAUGACAGAACUGAUAUAAAUGAAACAUCCAACACACAAUAUCAGAAUGGAGUGGCAUUUGGGGUGAAGGGCGUCCCUCUUAUGCUUCCCCCAUCUUUGGUUCCUCAUAGCAAUUACUCGCAGUAUGAGGGUAUCGACCAGAAUGUGGAUGUGGAUGGUCUUGAUGAUGAGGCAGGAAAGGGCACAUGAAGAUAAAUAGUCUAAUUAAUAUUAGUGAUUUCUAGUUUUUAGUUUUGGUGAUUCCAAAUAGUUGUUGAAAGCAUCCAUCAAUAUCUUGAUCAUAAAUUUUCAAAUAGGAGGGGAUGCAAAACAGGGGAACAGGAAACAAAUGUCUUCGGUACUUGUCUUUACAUACCGGAUUUGUGGUUCUGCUUAAGCUGAAUGUUUAUUGACUGUAUGACUGACUUGUUGGAAUGGUUGUACUAUGUUAUCAUCUUAUUCUUCA